AUGGCAGGUCGAAGUGGUUUUGACGAUGGAAAUCCGAGGGACUAUGGAGGUGGAAGAAGGACUGCUGGUGGUCGCAUGUUACCAACUGAACCUCCGUACAAAGCUUACGUUGGAAAUCUUCCUUCGGGAGUCAUUCAAGGCGAUAUUAACAGAAUAUUCCCAGACUUAAACAUAAAAAAUGUGAGGCUGGUUAUGGACAGGGAGACAGAUAAAUUCAAAGGCUUCUGCUAUGUUGAGUUUGAACUUUUGGAGGAUUUAAUAAAGGCCAUCGAACGGAAUGGAGUUGUUAAUGUGGACGGUAACUUUAUUAAAAUCGAUGUUGCUGAAGAAAAGAGAAAUGACAGAGGUGGUGGAUUUGAUCGUGGUCGACGCGAUGGAGGGCGGGAUGGACGAGGCGGCUUCAGACGGGACGGCGGAGGAGGCGGCGGAGGUCGCGGUAUGUACGACCACUUUGACGGUGGCAUGGACCGCCGCGGACCGAGGAACCAGGGUGGAGGGUUCACACAUGACCGCGAGCGCGGACCGGGUGGUCCGGGAGGCCCUGGAGGAGCAGGCGGCGAGCGCUGGAGUGAGCGGGGGUCCCGGGGCUCCUCCGAGGAGCCCCGCGGGCCGGGGGAGUGGAACCGCAUGGGACGCUCCGCCAACGCGCCCCCUUCCCGGCCGCCGAGGAGGAACUUUGAUGAUAUGCCGCCUUCUCGACCCGACACCACAGGCAGACCAAAGCUUGUACUUGAGCCACGGACCGUGAAGGAGCCGGUAAACGCACUUGCCAGCACAAGUCAGGCUUCCUCAAUAUUCGGCGGUGCUCGACCGCGGGAGGAAAACCUCAACCUCAAGUCAGGGGAAUAAGCUGGACACUCCCUUGUCUAGCUUAAGCUGACUAGCGAUAAUGUACAGAUAAAAGUUAGCACACGUGGUGUGAUACACAUGUUGGUCACAAGCUCUCGCUGGAACUUGUCAUUUGUUUUUAAUUUAAUUUUAUAUUUUAUGUCGUUCAUCUCUUAAUUUGUAUAAUUAUUAUUUUGAAGUAACUAUAGCCGGAGAUAUAUUUUGAUCUGCGUUCACCGUCACAUGAACAUUGGGGUCCUUUUAUAUACUUUACCCGACAGACAUUGUUCUGUACAUAAUAAAUAAAAUACUGUUUUUUUAUGAACUUGUCAAUAUUAUUUCAUAACAUCGAGAAUUAUUUCGUAAAAUAUGCGCCCUGUUGUUACAAUGAAAUUGUUUCACAGCAGCACUGUCAAACCGUGUGUCAAUAAAUUCUCUCAUAGUAAAUAUGUUAAUACAAAAAAAAUGUUGGAAAUAAAAAUAAUUAUGGGUGCCAAAUCGAAAUAAAAACUAUUCUAACACUCAAGUUGGACUAAACUGCACUCCAUGAAGUAAUCCCCUUUAAAAUCCGUUCAUUAGUUUAGGAUUUCACUGGAAACAAACAUCAGGAAUAGAAAAACUGAUUAAAUAUGUAUUUUUGUUUAGUAUUAGGACUUUUAAACAAAGGAACGCAAUAGAUGCAUUCAAAGUUGAUUUUCCACGGCAAGUGUCACACAGAGCUUGUUGGUUAGAGAGAGUGCAGCUAACUCAGCUUAGGGUAGACAAAGGCCAUUUGUUCUAUGUGUAUGUAUGUCCCAUCUCACCCAAUAUAUUCAUAUUACUAUUGUAAAUGUGCUAUACUGUGCAGGAGUUUUGUUAGGUUGUGAGGUUGUAAAUCAUUUUUAUCGUAUGUGUAUUUUGUUAGCUUUAUUGUCAAAUGAUUGAAUGCUUUUUUCAAAUGUCUCCUUUGCUGGACUUACAAAGGGAAGUUUCGGUGUUUAACGGGUCAAUUUCAGCACCAGUUUACUUACUGAUUUGCCGGUUUAUAUUUUCAUUUAUUGUGUAUAUAUUACAAUGCAUGGAAAGUUAUUUCAAUUUGUUUACGUCUAAUUAAUUCUUUACAAAUUCAAUUUCACAAAUGACAUGUGGUAUUUAUAUUUUCGUAAGUACAUAAUAUUCUCAUAGAGUUUUUGUGAAAUUUUAUUGAGGUUAAGUUUGCUUUUAAAUUGUUAUAUCUUGCGAAAAUACUAAAAUAAUAGGACAUUCAUUGAUUGGUUAUAAAAUUUAAUUAACUUAUAGUAAUAAUCUUCCGCGUACAUUCAUAAUUUGUACUUUAGAUGUAUGUGUAAUAUUAUGAAAUGUGGCAGAAAAAAAUCGUGAAAUUGUAAGUGAUUUAGAAAACAAAAAUAAAUUCUUUGUAAAAA